UGACAUUUUCGCGCCGAGACAUCGUCGAUGUCUUAUCGGCAACGAGUCAGCGUUGACAGCAUCAAGAUUUAUCACUGGUAUAAAGAACUUUACAGUAGUCCAAAAAUAUUCUCUCGUAGUUGUGAAUCUCUAAAGCACCAACUCCGUAUAUUUGUGCGUGCAUCCCAUCAAAUUAAUUAAGGAUUGUCGCGAUAGACAUUUUCAUCUCCCGAUGAACACCAACUAGCAUUACAUCGAUAAUAUAAUUUCCCCACUCAAUACAAGUGUAAUAUAUCACGUGUUGCGUAUAUAACAGUUACAUUGUUGAGUGGGAAAUUAUAACAUUAAUAUAAUGUUACUACCGUUCGUUCAUCGUAAUGAAAGAAUCGACAACUGGUACUGCUUUUAGUAUGAAAUAAGAAUAGAACGGUGUAUAACAAGUAGAUGACUUUAGCAUAGAUUGUUAGGCUUAACUUGGUGGCACCACUCUGAAAAUGUCAUGUGACGAGAGCUUUUAUCGGAAGAUAUCUUGAUGGAAAUAUGUUACGUUAUACAUAUAUGCAUAUGCAGAAGAAUCGGUUGACAAAUUAAUACAAUGUACCGGCGACGCACACGCGACGAGUAUAUAAGGACCAACUAAUUGGUCCCGGUAGUCUCAAUUAGCCGAAAGUCCCGUUUACGGGAAGAAUACGGUUGUCCGAUACGUGAAUAAAUCAAUAUCUUGAAAUGGAAACCAAUGUCGCUAAGAACAAUGACAUUUACAAAUUGCUCUCUUUCGAAGAAGUGAAGGAGGUGGCGAGAGGCGCGCUGAGCAGUGACGCUGAUCUGAUAAAAUAUGCUAUUCGACCGUACUCCAGCGGCAAGCUCGGAUAUCUCGGCUCUCAUUAUCGGCUUGAUAUAAUAGCCAGGAGGAAAAAGGAAACCGUUGCUCUCUCGUUCUUUCUCAAGACCAUACCUUACGAGGUACCUGAUCAAGCUGACUACGUGAUAAAAAAGGGUGUCUUUGAGCAAGAGACAAGGUUUUACAACGUCAUAAUGCCGUUGCUCUGCGAGGGAUAUCGCGGGGAACCGUGGGCGCCGAGGUGUUACAAAGUAAAGAGCGAUUCAAUAGUCUUUGAGGAAUUGAGCAGCAAGGACUACUCCAUGCGGGACAAGCUAUUCGACAAGACGCUCGUGCGUGCGGGUUUGAGCGCUCUUGCGCGACUGCACGCCGCCUCUCUACUGGCGGAGACCCGCCUCGGUACAGCCUUGAACCGGCUACAUCCUGAGGCUUUCGCGGAGAAGGCCUUCGUUCACGAGGGAAUGACGUGGCAGUGGUUCCAAUCGGGCAUCGACACGGCCGCGGUCGUAGCCGAGCGUCUAGGACACAAUCCCGAGCUAAUACGAUCGGCCUGUGAGCAGGUGUAUCACGCUGUGAAGCCAUCACGCACGAAAGCGAACGUAGUCAGUCACGGGGAUCUCUGGGGCAACAAUCUUCUCUUCAAUAACGACGUGCCACUUAAAUGCUUACUAGUGGACUUCCAGCUGUUGAGGUACUCUCCUUUGGCGCACGACGUAGCACAGUUUUUGUAUCUGUGCACGGAUCGGAGCUUCCGAGAGACCUGGGAGAGCGCGAUGUUGCGUCAUUAUUACGAUAUGCUGCGCGAGACCCUGAAUAUACACGGAAUCCAUACGCAAACACCCCCAUUGUCAGAGCUGAUCCAAGGUAUGGAGGAACAACGUCUAGGCGCCGUUAUUACCGCGAUAAUCUACUUUCCUACGGUUCUAAUGGACGAGAAUCUUAGCGCGCGGGUUAUGAACAACCCGGCGUCUUACGCAGAGUAUUAUUUUCGAAACAGGAAAGAGUUUGUUCUCUCAAACAUGGAGAAAGAUCCGGUUUACAAAAGAAGGAUCAGCGAAGCUGUCAUCGAACUAGCCGAACUCGCCGCGCGAUUGGACCAGUUACCAAAGCCGUCUUAAAAAGAUAUAUUUCACCUAUAUUUCACAUACUCCACUCACGCACUUUCAAAUUAAUGUUUCAACAUACUUUGUACAUUUGUUACAUAUUUCAUUUUACGGGAGUGCUCAUUAAACUGACAAAUUCUAUCUUA